AUGCAACUCAUAUUCAUUCUUCUUCUUACAUUUAUUGGUACAUUUAAUGUUCAAUCAACACUUUCAAUAAAUGAAAAAAAAGACUUUAUCAUUAAAAAACCUAUAUGUCUAUUUCUAUCUGAUUGUCCAGUGAAAUGUAAACGAUAUAUAAUUCGAAAUAGUUGUCCAAUAUGUGAAUGCAAUCCGUGUGUAUAUGGUCAACCACUUUAUUAUAUAUCUUGUGGUCAAGGUGAUCAAAAAUGUUUAUUAGCAGGUGGAUUAUGUAAAAUUCAUUCAUGGUAUAAUAAACCUUAUUGUUGUCCAAAAGAACAUGAGGGAUGUUGUCCAUCAAUGCCUGCUGAAAAUACAGAUACAUUAUUUCCAUGUGUUCCACAAUGUUAUUCAGAUGCUGAUUGUAAAACAGGUGAAAAAUGUUGUGGAACAUGUAUACGAAGAUGUCUGAAAGCUUUUAUACCUUAA